AACGUGAGUUAUCUUUCCUUGAUCCGGAACGUAGUGCGCUUGCGUAAUUUCGUUUCAGACUUCCGGGUAGUAUAUUCAGAAAGCGUCAUUAACAACACUACGGACGACAGUGCAAAAUGCCACAGAGAUAUUGCUGUAUUUGCAGCAACCACGCGAACAAAUAUGUUGACGGUAAAAAAAUUACAAUGCACAGGUUUCCUUCAAACGAUAAAGUAAGGAAAGUGUGGAUAAAACGCUGCCAUAUGAUUCGAUCAGACUUCAACUUUAAGAAUUACGAUCAGACGAGGUUGUGUUCGGAACAUUUUGUGGGCAAAUGUGGACCAACUAAGGAACAUCCAAUACCAACUUUGUUCCCAACACGGAUAUUUAAAUUAUCAAGAAUGGAUGCUUCAGAGUCAACAUCAGAUGCUUCUGAUCAGAACAAGGAAGAAUCCAUGGAUACUAGUACUGAGAUGGAAUCCGUGCAGACGGCUGACACCAGCUUGCAUACAACUGGAGCCUCUGAAUAUACGUCUCUAGAUAUGCAUGACUAUUUCGGUAGUGAAUUCACCACUGUUACCAGUGAUUUUGUACAUGUUAACAAAUGUACACAAACUGUUUUCGCAGUGUCUCAAGAUCAAAGCGUACAGACCAACAAAAUGAGUACAGAAUUGAAAAAUAAUUUCUGCCAGACAGAUUCAAACAAGUGUGAUUUUUUAUGUCAAGCUUCAAAACCCGAUAUAGUGUUUGAGGAUAUACAGGAAUCAGAUGAGAAGAUUAUGUUUUACACAGGAAUUCCAAACAAAGGUACAUUUAAUUUACUGUUCAAUGAGAUUGUUGUCCCAUAUCACAGAACUCAAACAGAUACCGUUAAGAACUGUGGGGGGAGACCAAGAUGUCUGCGAAUAAUAGACGAGUUCCUCCUCGUGCUUAUGAGACUUCGACUUGGACUUCUCAUAGAAGAUUUGAGUGACAGAUUUCACAUCUCCAGAUCAACAUGUGCAACAAUCAUUAACACUUGGAUUGACUUUUUAUCCGUGAAUCUUUCUUUUCUCAUAUCUUGGCCUGACAAAGAAACAAAUGAUAGAACAAUGCCAGUCGAUUUUCAAAUGAAAUACCCAAACUGUCGUGCCAUUAUUGACUGUACAGAAUUUUUUACAGAAACUCCACAAUCUCUUUCAAACAAGUCCCUCAUGUUUUCACACUACAAAUCACACUCGACAUGGAAAGCACUUCUAGCAAUUAAUCCCCGAGGAGUUAUUACAUUUGUCUCAGAUUUGUGGGGUGGCAGCAUUAGUGAUAAACAAUUAUUUAAGAAAUGUGGAAUUUUAGAUUAUCUAGAGGCUGGAGAUCAAAUUAUGGUUGACAAAGGCUUUUUAAUUUCUGAUUUAACAACCCCUAAAGGUGUUGAAAUUAUCAUACCACCAUUCAAACGCAAUGGAAGAUUUAGUAGACGAGAAGUGGAGGAAACACGUCGAAUUGCAAAUUUGAGAAUUCACGUAGAAAGAGCCAAUGAGCGUGUGAAAAACUUUCGAAUUUUACAAGGAACAAUGCCUAUUACCUUGUCUAAAGUUGCUAGUAAAACUUUCAAAAUUUGUGUUGCUCUCUCAAAUCUGCAACCUCCUCUGGUUCUCAGAUGAUUGAAAUACAUUAUUCUGAGAUUCAUGUACGACUUUUCAAACAAUUUUUAGGUAAUAUUGUGUAUCAUUUUCAACCAGCAGUACAUUAUAAGUUUUCUUUGACUACAUGAAUGAAUGUCAUUUUGAGAAAUAUAUAUGUGUGUGGAUGUUAGGAAACUACUAGUAUACAAAUAUUUCCAAUGAAUUGGAUUGUGUUCUACUAUAUCAUCAUGUAUCACAGAAAGGAUGAAUCCAAUACAUGUAUAUAAUUUAAAUUGUUCAAAUGUGAUAAAUCUGCUUUUAUCAAACAAACAUUGUUUUGUUGUAUUUAUUUCAUUUGCAACAACAAGUGGGGAUCAAAUAAUUAUGUAAAAUAAUGAAAUUGAAAAUAUGUUUGUGCUUCUUUUUAAUUUGCAUUCAGUCAGUCUUUAUUAAACAGACAUUUUGAUCUUCGAACUCGAGAUGAGAACAGCUCUGGAAUUACUGCAUAUUUGUAGAAUUUCUCCAAUUUGAUAACUACUUCAUUCCAGAAUAGAUCAUGAUAAUAAAUUCUUUCAACUGAGUGGUCAAUUAAAGUCCAAACAACAAAAUCACACCAUUUUCUACCAGAUAUAGCUAACUGGCCCUGAAUUUGGUAGUAAUAAUUGUGAUUUCUUUUUAGAGUUACUUUACCAUCCAACAAUUCACAGAAGAAAUCUUUCUGUGAUGCAGCUUCUGAUGGUGAUAGAGUUCUAUAUUUGUAGGGGCAUUUUAUUUCAAGAGUUCCACAAGAUUCUUUGCAAUGUGGACAAUGGAGAAGUCCAUCUGGGCUGGUACCAAGAUACGGGUAACUUGGAUUAGUAAGGAGACCACAUUCUUCUACAUGCAGUGAAGGAUGGUGUUUUUUGGCGCGAUAUAAAUACAUGCGUCUUGCUGCAGCCUCGUGAGUAUUUCCCCAGUGGGUGGCAUCUGAUUUGAAAGAAUUGUAAUUCAUGAUGGAUUUCACUACAUUUUCUGAACCAGUUGUUUCCCUCAUUUUGCAAAUUUGUCCAAAGUUGGAACUUGUUACCCUACCAAUUCGUGCUUCAAUCCAGUGCUUGCUUUUUCUUUGCCCUUUUGUUAACUGUUGGAUAGUUUUUACAUCAUUUUCUGAAAUUGACAUUUGUUGAAAAUACUC